ACCAGCAAAAGCUCUCUCAGCUCCCAAACACUUUCUCUCUCUAAUAUUUCUCUGGGUUCUGAACCCAAUAAAAAGCCAAAGUGGGUCAGCUUCCAAUUCUUGUAUGACCAUAUGAUUUUAAGUGCAUGUGUGCAUAUGUCUGUUUGUCAUAAUCUCAGACUCUGACAGCUUUUCUUGUUUCUCAGUCAUGAAAUAAGCCUCCUAUCAAAUUAUUCCCUCUCCCACCUUUUUAUUUUUAUUUUUAUUUUUUGGUUUUCUGCAAAUUUUCAGCACCAUCCCUAUGUCCAGUACAUUCACUUUUGCUCCUUAUUUACUUCUAAGAUAAAGUUUCUUUUACCCUCCGCCAAAUUUGUGACUUUUCCCAUAUUGGGUUUUCAGCAGAAGAAAAAAAAGUUUUUACCAAGUCUUAGUCUUUGUUUUUUUCUGGGUUGGUGCAUGUUACAUUUGUUUUUCUCCUUCUAAUCCAAUCUGUACACAAUUAUUACUACCAAUUGUGGGAAUCAUAUUAUUUAGUUUCCUAGUUGGGUUCUAUGAUUAAGGUAAUUUUUUGAUAAAAAAUCCACCAGGUUGGUCUGUAAUUUCCUUAUAUUUUGUUUUCUUUACUCUAUUUAGUACCAAAAAAGCUGAGACCUUCCAAAUCUGAAUCUCAAAUCAGUGGUAAAGUCUUCUCAUUUUUUGGUUGUCUAUGCUGAGUCCCAUUUUUGGCGUCGAAUUCCAUCUGGGUUUAAAGUCUAAUCCCAGUUUUCCUUGUCUGCAAAGCCAUCAGAGUCCACAGAUUUGAUUCUUUGCCUCAACUUGGGCAUUGACAAGAGAAACGCUUCUUUUUUUCAAUCUGGUGUAAUGCAAAUUGAAGGUCACAAACAUGGCCAAUCUUGUUCCUGGUGUACUACUGAAGCUUCUACAGCACAUGAAUACUGAUAUAAAGGUUGCUGGAGAGCACAGGUCAUCUUUGUUGCAAGUUGUGAGCAUUGUUCCAGCUCUUGCAGGAGGUGAGUUGUUCUCAAAUCAAGGUUUUUACGUCAAGGUUUCAGAUUCCUCUCAUGCCACUUAUGUAUCUCUACCUGAUGAACAUGAUGAUCUAAUUCUUAGUGAUAAGAUUCAAUUGGGUCAGUUUAUUCAUGUUGAAAGGCUGGAAGCUGCCUCACCGGUCCCAAUUCUUCGUGGGGUUAGGCCGGUCCCUGGGCGCCACCCUUGUGUGGGAAGCCCUGAAGAUAUUGUUGCAACUAAAUCAUUGGGAUUUCUGAACAAUAACUUGUCUUCGGGUCUUAAACCCGGAGAGAAAUUGAAUUCACCUAGGAAAUUAUUGGGGAAUAGUCAUGUUGGGGAAAAGGAAAAAGUUAGAUUGAAUGGUAGUGUUAAAGAUGAGCAAUUGGAUAAGAAAAUGGGGCCUUUUGGUAGAUCAAAGUCUCAGCCAUCGAAACCGGUAUCCAAUGUGGAAGUAAAGAAAGAAUCUUUGGUGAGAUUGAAGCCGUUCAAUUCAAGGUCUAUUCCUUCAUCUCCGACGAGUUGUUAUUCCUUGCCGUCUUCUUUUGAGAAGUUUGCAAAUGGGGUCAAGCAGCAGGCGGAUAUAAAGAGUGGGAAGGCAACAGCUAAGUUUGGAGUGGUGGAAAAGGCAAAUGCUGCUCGCACGACUAGUCCUCUGCCCUAUGGGAAGAAGUUAGCAAUGGGAAACUCGAUUAAAAGUUUUGUUCAGGGGAUUGAGCUGGGGGCAAAGGCUCUGAGGAAGAGCUGGGAAGGGAACAUGGAGGUGAAGGGUAGAGAGAGUUCUAAUUUGAGGGGCACCAAACAUGAUCCAAGGCACGAAGUGCGAAAUUGUGCUCCUAGAUUAAGUACGUCAUCAAGGAUAAGUACAUCAUCAAGAAUAAGUACGACAAGUGACAGGUUGCCAUCCAAAGAGGAAAAUAUGUUGCAGUCAUCUACAAAGAAAUCUAAAGGGGAAGAUAAGGUUCAAAUGUCUGUAAAGAAAGUUUCUGCAAAUGGGACUCUGGAUGCUCAAGAAAAACCAAGUAAGCAAAAAGCUUCUGUUGGGAAGAAAUCAUCGGAUGUAUCUAGUAAUGGACUCCCAGGAAACUUGGUCAAGGUUUCCCUUAAUAGUAGAAGAUUGCCAGAUGGAAGUGUUUCAUGGGCUUCACUCCCUGCUUCUCUUGCAAAGCUUGGAAAGGAAGUUAUAAAGCACAGAGAUGCUGCGCAGGUGGCAGCAAUAGAGGCUAUGCAAGAGGCUUCUGUGGCAGAGAGCUUACUUCGAUGUCUAAGCAUGUAUUCUGAAUUAAGUACAUCAUCUAAGGAAGAUAACCCACAGCCUGCAGUUGAGCAGUUCUUGACUCUUCAUGCGAGCUUGAAUAAUGCUCGCAUGGUUGCUGAUUCUAUAUCAAAAACUAUUCCAUGUGGUACGUCUCCAGAUCAUGAAGAAAACCUAUCAGAAGAAGCACUAAAGGUCAUGUCAGACAGGCAAAAACAUGCGGCUUGUUGGGUCCAAGCUGCAUUGGCAACCAAUCUAUCAUCUUUUGCUGUUUUUAGCAAAGAACCUAACUCAACUCGAAUUUCAGCUCCUACCCAAAAGACAAUCCCAGUGAAUCAACCAAUAUUAGUCCUAGAAAAUUCUACCAAGAAUACCUCAACAAAAACCCAAGGCAAAGCCCGCCAGACAGUUAGUUCUAAGAUUGCACAAGGAACUACUCGCCGGCAAGGGGAUGUUUCAGUCAACAGCCAAAAGCCACAGGCCCAACCUCCACCAGAGUGGGUUAGAGGAAAUGGCCUUGAUGAGGCAGUUGAUUUGGCUGAGAUGUUGCAACUGCAGUCCCAGGAUUGGUUUUUGGGAUUUGUGGAGAGGUUCUUGGAUGCUGAUGUGGACACCUCAGCAUUGUCAGAUAAUGGUCAAAUAGCAGGAAUGUUAACUCAGCUCAAGAGCGUGAACGACUGGCUGGACCAAAUUGGGUCAAGCAAGGAUGGACAAGAAACACCACAUAUUUCAGCAGAGACAAUUGACAGGUUAAGGAAAAAGAUAUAUGAGUAUCUUCUUACACAUGUUGAAUCAGCUGCUGCUGCACUCGGUGGUGGUUCACAAUCAUCACCACGGAUCCAAACAUCAGAAACAAAAGUUAGAAGGUGACUUGAUUUUAGCUUGGCCGCAAAAUGUGGUGUUUACAGUUCGUAAAUGUGGUACUAAUCUGUGGCUGCUGUGCCCGUUGCCUGCAGUUUAUUUAUUCGUGUACAUAUAUCCUACAUGGGUUUUGGGUAUAGAUGGAGUAAUUACUAUUUAACAGGAAAAGCUUUGGAUAUGAAGUGCAUGGAUUUUUUUCCCCCUUUCUGGAAAUUUGUUCAGUGAAACUAUACAAAUUGAAACAAUUUGGAAAUUAGAGAAAUUGUCUAUUUUCCUUUGCCCCCUUGUAGAUUAUGCAGAACAGAGUUGUUUUCUUAACAUUUGGUUUUAUUGCCAAGAGAAUUUAUGAAUAUAUCUGUCUUAGGAUGAACUUGAACAU